ACCAAACAGAAGCAGAGCAGUCUAUCUUCCUCAUGCAGCGAAAUUGUUCUUUGAUUCUCUCACUCUAUUAGACUACUCUGUAUCUCCAUUUCCACUUUCUCUCCCUCUCUCUCUCCCCAACCCAUUGCUUUAGAGAGAGAAAGUGAGGAUCCAAGAUGAUGCUGGGAAAGAGGCGGCGCUACCCUAUAAAGAGGACUACCAGUAUGACCAACUUCUCUUUUGAUGAUCUAUCUGUCGUGCUCCCUCCACCAUCAGAUCAAAAUCAUCAUCAUGCACUUGUAGAUCAUCAAAAGGUGAUGGAAUUUGCUUCACCAAGACCCAUACAUAGGCGAAAUUCAGCUGAUUUUAAUAUCAAUAAUCACAGUUCGUCAAAUACUUUUCUCAGAAUUUGCUCGCUCUGCAACCGUAUGUUGGCACCUGGCCGUGAUAUCUUCAUGUACAGGUAUACUCCUACUAGUUACUACUGCUCUGUAUGUCAAUUUGAUUUGAAUUUAUGUUUAACAUAUGGAUUUUAUACGGUAUACCUCCAUUACUGAUUGUCGAUUUGAUUUUUUUUUUUUUUUGGUGUUUGUUCGAUGCGUAAUGAUUUGAAAUUUCGAAUCCAUGAUUGUUCAUGUAUUUAUUCAUUCACCUGCAGACUACAAGUAUGUUAUAUGGAUUUAAAAUUUCGGUUAGAA